GCGCAGGCGCCGUGGGGGUCGGGGCGGGAUGGCAGGCAGCACCGCGGGGUCUGAGGCGCCGCGACCCGCCCUCUAGAAGGAACUCCUGAGGUGAGGCGGGCGCUCGCGGCUCCCACGCAACCGCCUCGCCUCGACGUCCCCGGAGGCGCGCGGCCUGGGCCCGCCCCGUCGCCACGUCCCCCGUUCGAGUUAAACCCCGGCGCGGGCGGCAGCAAAGCCCGGGAAUGCAGGGGGCGACGCGUCCUGUCGCCGCCAUUCCGCAGGCAGCGCCAUUGACGGUCUCGCAGGGCGCCCUCAGCGGGCAGCCCAGUGCUGGUGGCCCGUCCAGCCAGCCCGAGCUCGGCGCCGGGCCCGUCCGUGCGGCCACGCGCGACAGUGGGCAGCUGCGGUCCUGAGGGCCGUGGGCGCGUGUGCGGGCGCAGGGCGCCUCGUCCUGGGAACGCUCCUCGGGCGCCUUCCUGGACGUGGUCGGGGACGGGCAGGUGCAUCCCGUGAGUGACCCCCCGUCACCGCGGGGAGAGCGGGGCCGGCAGGGCUGGCUCGGGGUGCGGUGGGACAGGAAGUGGGGCGUCCCCGCUCCCGUUCACCCCCGGCCCAGCGCCGCGGGCUUCAGGAACGCGCACGCGCACGAGUGGGCCGGCGGGACGCCCCUUCCGCGUGUGGCCGCGAACCCGAACCCGAACCUGAACCCGACCCGCGGGGCUCGGGCCACCCCGCCCCCAGGUCAAGAGAGUCUGUUCCUAUCAAUUACUUGAAGCCAUAAGGAAAAAAAUUUGAACUAUCAUGAUGAGGAGGCGGGGAAAGUGAACUUGAACCAACGAAGACCAGAUGAAUGGCUUUCCUCAUUAACAAGCAUGGAGACUCAUGUUUCCAUUGCUCCUCCAGGUGUUUCCACAUCUGCAAACUUCCUGGCAGAGCGCUGGGCACCCGCGUGCUCCGCCUCUCUCUGGUGGCCGUCCUCCUGCUGCUCCUGGUGGCUGGGGCCCUCACCACUCUCCUUCCCAACAACAAAGACGACAAGAUGCUCUCGUGGCGGAGGGAGGUGAAGGCCCAGGGCCAGUCCGCCCUGGCUUCCUUCACUCUCAUCAUGCAGACGUACAACAGGUCGGAUCUGCUGCUGCGGCUGCUCAAUCACUACCAGGCGGUGCCGCAGCUGCACAAAGCCAUCGUGGUGUGGAACAAUGUCGGGGAGAAGCCACCGGAGGACUUAUGGAACUCUCUGGGGCCGCACCCCGUGCCCGUGAUCUUCAAACCCCAGACCACCAACAGGAUGAGAAAUCGGCUCCAGGCCUUCCCUGAACUGGAGACCCAGGCGGUGUUAAUGGUCGAUGACGACAUGCUAAUUAGCGCCCAAGACCUUGCAUUUGCUUUCUCCGUUUGGCAGCAAUUUCCUGACCAAAUUGUAGGAUUUGUCCCCAGGAAGCACGUUUCCACCGCGUCGGGUGUCUACAGCUACGGAGGCUUUGAGCUGCAGACCCCGGGCGUGGGGGACGGUGACCAGUACUCCAUGGUGCUGAUCGGGGCCUCCUUCUUCAGCAGCAAGUACCUCGAGCUCUUCCAGAGGCAGCCCGCAGCCGUCCACGCCCUGGUCGAUGACACGCAAAACUGUGAUGACAUUGCCAUGAACUUCCUCAUUGCCAAGCACACCGGGAAGACUUCAGGGGUGUUUGUAAAACCUGUAAACAUGGGCAACUUGGAAAAAGAAACCAGUGGGGGCCAUUCGGGAAUGUGGCAUCGAGCGGAACACUUCCUGCAGAGGUCUUACUGCGUCAAUAAGCUCGUCAGCGUCUACGGCGGCAUGCCCCUCAAGUACUCCAACCUCAUGAUCGCUCAGUUCGGCUUUCCCUAUGCCAACCACAAAAGCAAGCUGUGAACACCAAGCAGAAGCAAACCUCACACGGCUUAGUAGUUGAAUAGCUUCUCCACACUGUGGUUGCUUGUUAGUGUUUACGCAACAUCAUGAACUUUUAUCCACCCUGGAAGUCUCUACAAAGGAAAACAUUGCAGCACUUCUCGGAUGUAAAAGCCACAUGAACUUCAAAACCCAAGAGCCGGGAGCUCUUCUUGUGAGGAGCGUUCAUGCGCGGACAUAACUCCUGGGGCAGUGACUUGAUGGUUUGCAUUCUGAAAUGGCCCUACAGUUUCUUUGACGCCUGGCAUUUGCCUUAAGGACCCAUCGUGAGCUGUUUCCAGGACCAGAAGCGCUUCAGCCUUUUCAUUCAAGGACAGUCGCUUGCAUUCAAAGCCUGAGAUGCUUCUAAGCAAAGCGCCCGUGGUGCUGGAAAAAGGCACGAGGAGAGAUAGGUCUCACCCGUAUCACACAGUGGAACUUUCCUGACUCAGUGUCCAGCUUCCUGUGGUCCCCCAGCCAGCCUUCCCAGGGCUGACUCAGCCUGGCUCGGCUUUGGGGCAACCAUCGUGCUUUUCUUUCUGCCCAUAAGUCUGCAGGACUCUGAGGCUUCAUGUCACAGCUGAAGGACGUCUCUGUUCUGCUUGAUCUCCAUGAGCGUUUCCUGCAUGGAUCACGGGAAAGUGCAGCUGCUCUUUUUAUAAGCAGCUAACAUGCGGCGAGGAGUCGAUGUUUUACCAGGUUCGGGUAGUGCAUUUUUGUCACUGAGCCUGACCUUGAGAGAUGGUACAUUGGUUUUUAUUUUUUAUAAAAUAUCCCUUCUGAAAGAAUGUUGAGUAGGCACAGGCAGAAGUCAAAACUCUAGUAUCAAAAGGUCUUUACUGUUGGGGCAUAGGUUAUCACAUGGAUGCUAGAGUCGUGUUUGUUAUACACAGUCAGUUUCUUGCAUUGAGAACUUUUUUUCCUCUGCCAAAAAGAAGAUCUAAGGCACUAUUCAUCAUGCAAUUUUGAUGAAUAGAUACAGGAAGAAAUAAAGGAUCUUUCUCAUGGUGGAGGAAUUCUGUGGGGAGUCUGCACAGGUCAGGUUGCAUUGCCCACUCUGCUGUACGAACUAGUAUGUGUUCCACGGUGUCUGGUUCUUGCUCGUCACUGGCAGCGAGGAGCACUUACGUAGGCCUCUUGUCUUCCCCAUCCUCCUCUCCCUCCCCGUCCUCCUCCCAUAAUGCCAUUAUAUCCCCACAAUUGCAAAGCUGUGAAAACAUUAUAAUGAUCCUGGUUUAUGUUCCAACAAUGAGGUCUUUGUUGUGUUGUUUCUUUUGCCUUGGCAUGUGUGUGUGUGUUAACGCAGUCAGAUGAAGCCAGUAGAAAGCAGAAGCUCUCUAUGAAUGUAAUGUUAGUUAUCUGCUCUGUCCUCUUGGGAUUGCACUGUCACAUAAAUAAAAUGAGCUUCUACCGUU